AUGGGGAUUAAAACAGUCGCAUGCAUCGUACCAGAGACAAUGACUGCGAUAUGGGAAACGCUUACCCUACUACAUAUGGCCGUACCAUCCGUCGACGAUUUUAUUAGAAUAUCGAAGGAGUUUAAAACAAAAUGGAAUUUUCCACAUUGCAUCGGAGCUAUCGAUGGACGCCACGUUCCUAUAAAAAAACCGAAUAAUUCGGGGAGUCUGUAUUUUAAUUAUAAAGGCUAUUACUCCAUAGUAUUACAAGCUGCUGUUGACGCUAAUUAUCGGUAUAUCUGUAUACAGGAUGUAGGCGGAUAUGGUAGUCAGCACGAUGCGGCUACUUUCAGAGCGUCUCAAUUAUAUAGAGCAUUAAUGUUAAAGAAACUAAAUCUACCUAAUGCUAGUAGAAUAGAAAAUUCAGACCUUUGUAUGCCCUAUUUUUUAAUUGGUGACGGAGCUUAUCCUUUAUCCAACAUAUUGAUGAAACCGUAUCGAGGUAUUAAUUUAUCACAUCAACAAAAAAUAUUUAACAACUCGCUAUCAAAAGCUCGCGUUGUCGUAGAAAAUGCAUUUGGUCAAAGUAGCCAGAAAUGGCGGAUACUAUCCACUAAUAUCGAAAAAAGCCCAGAAAUAAUCAAUUUAAUAAUUAAAUGUACAUGCUUAUUACAUAACAUUAUUAUAAAUUUAGAGAGCGAGUCGCAUGUCCACAAUAACAUUGUAGAACAACCAAUUGAUGAUACUAUUGAUAAUGAUGAUGUACAAAUGAUUGCUGUGACGGAAUUGGAGAAGGCCAAUCAACUGUUGGCAAGCUUGGAGCAGGAGAGACUGGACCAGACUGUUGAGCACCUAGCACCAACAGCAGCCAUCACCAGUAAAAUUCACACCAAAGGUCUCAGUCUAACGCAAAUCUACACAAAACUCGUUGAAACUGUCAACGGACUGACUGUCCAAAAGGAGGGGAAUGACAAUCAAAAACCGCAAAUGGACGGGUUGUUUGGAAAGAACUAA